ACGCGUACUAAUGAGACCAGUUUGCUUUACGGCGGACAUCUUAUCUUUGACCCCCAAACAAUCAUGGCGUCCGGUUUUGAAAGCGAGCGGAGUUUGGUGGCGCGUAAGGAAGAGAGGCGCCGCCAGCGCGAGGCGCUGCUACAGCAGGCAAAAGCGGAUUAUGAAAAAGAAGAGCGACGCAAAGAGCUGAAGCGAUUGCGAGGGGAGGAUAUGUGGAUGCUGCCUGAUGUGAAUGAACGUUUAGAAGAACUGGGAAAGGAACAUUCUGUUACAAAAAAGAAGAAAAAGGAGAAGCAUUUAAAAAAACACAAAAAAGAAAAGAGGAAGAAGCACAAAGCCAAAAAAAACAAUGAUUCAUCUGAUAGCCCUUCUAAUUCGUCUGAGGAAUGGGUGGAGGCAUCUGAUUCACAGUCUUCAAGCACAGAAAAGGAUUGGGACAUGAAGAAGGAGCAAUCGGAUGCUGCAGAAGAUCCCAGGGCAGUUCAGAGGGAUGAAUGGAUGUCCUUGGAUUUUAUGUCUGUGAAAACACUGUCUUCAGCAUCACUGAAGGCUGAAAAGCAAAUGGAAAAACUACUGGAGAAACAGAAAGCUGAACAAAAUGAACAGGCCUUACUUUCUGAACGAGAGCUUAACCCCUACUGGAAAGAUGGUGGCACAGGCUUACCGCCACAAGAGAAUGUGUCAGCAAACGUGACAGCAGUAGAAGAUGGUGGGUUAAGUUGGCUGAAGAAAUCCUACCAAAGAAUGAAGGAGCAGUCUGAGAGAGAGAAACGGGAUUUGGAAGAAAUUGUAGCUGAAAGAUAUGGGUCGGUGGAGCUAUUUCAGUCAAGAUUAGAAGAAGCUAAAAAAGCUGCAGUCCCCAAAGAAAAUGAUCACAGAAGAGGCUGGCAAAUAUGUAAAUAUUCGAGAAAUGAACGUGGUAUGAGACAGAAGGAGGAAAAAGGGAAGCAAGGGGAAAGUAAUGCAGAAAAGCAUGCGGAUAAGGAACGAUCUGAGGAGAGAUGUACUAAAGAAUAUUCUCAAGAACGGAGAAGUUGCAAGAGAGACAGACCAACAGAAGAGCCAAGGCAGAGUAAUAAAGACAUUCCCUACAGAACUGUGAAGGAGUCUUAUAAAAUAAGAAAUUAUGAGAAACCUUUUUCGAGCCCUUUCAGAGCUGCAUUUUUGAAACCUAAUGAUGAUGCAGACCAAGGCAGCAGGCUGCAGAGCCCUUCAUCCCAAUUACUGACUCCUAGUUCUAUGAGUUGUGGUUUCAGAAAGCCUAGUGAUGAUGUCCCAAGAUGGCGCAAAACACAACCAAAGGAGGAUAUCGCAAGAGCUACCCUGGAUGAAAAACCAUUAAAUACUGAAAUGGCCGUUACCAGUAAGGAGGAAGGUUUGAGAGAGAAACAGGAAGAGAUCCCAAAAGGUGCCUUGGAAAAAAAGGAGCCAUUGGAUAGUAAAUCGUCAUUUAAAGGGACUCUGGACACCUUGAGUCUCCAGUCAACUUCAUCAGAACCCACUCCUCCAGUGAAGGUGGCUAAGGUUCUAAAAGCUCCCAGAUCUGUUUUGGAGGAUGAAAAACCCCGUAUUCUUAGUGAUGAGGAAAUGAACAAAUUGGGAGCCAAGAUUGUAAAAGCAGAAUUGAUGGGAAACAAGGAUUUAGCGGCAAAACUUCAAACCCAGCUUGACAAUGCACGUAAACUGAAAGAAAAUGGAGCACAGAUUCAAGCAAGAGAGUCUGAGAGGGAGAAAAGAGGCUUCCAAGAAGACCAUGAAGUGGUCCUUGUCAGAACUGAUAAGUCUGGUGGAGUGUGGCCUGUUAACGCUCCAGGAGAAACAUGGGAACCAACUGGCAGAAGAAUGAAGCAGACGAUUGCUACUCACGUGGAUAAGGAAAGGGUCCGAUAUUUUCAGGAUGAUGAUAAUCUGAGCCUGAAGGAUUUGGUCAGAAAUGAAAAGAUGAGAACAGCAGAGGAUCAUAAUAAGCUUUUCAUGAGAAUGGCAUCAAAGUUUUCAGACAAAACUGACAGAGAGUACUACACUCUAGACGACAUGUUUGUUGCCAAAGCAGCCAAGGGUGAGCGAAGCGUAGAAGAGGAGGGAAGGCAGAGGAAACAAGCAAUCCGUGAGCACCAGCAACUUGCUGCAUGGAUAGAGAAAUGUCCUUACUGCUUCGGCAGCCCUGAACUUCCAAAGCACUUGAUUAUUGCAAUUGGUAACAAGGUAUACUUAUCAUUGCCAAACUACCAGUCUCUUACUGAAGGUCAUUGUCUGAUAGCUCCUAUGCAGCACCACACAGCAGCCACUCUUCUAGAUGAAGACAUCUGGGAGGAAAUCCAGGUAUUCAGAAAAACUUUAGUGAAAAUGUUUGAAGCGCACGAGCUGGACUGUGUCUUUCUUGAGACAAACUUAAGCAUAAAGAAGCGCUAUCACAUGGUAUAUGAAUGUGUCCCUCUCCCAAAGGAAAUGGGUGAUAUGGCUCCCAUAUACUUCAAGAAAGCUAUAAUGGAGUCCGAUGAAGAAUGGUCCAUGAAUAAAAAGCUGAUUGAUAUAUCUUCAAAAGAUAUUCGUAAGUCGGUUCCAAAAGGUUUGCCCUACUUCUCCGUAGACUUUGGCCUACAAGGAGGCUUUGCUCAUGUCAUUGAAGAUCAACACAAGUUCCCCUUUUAUUUUGGAAAGGAAAUAAUAGGUGGCAUGUUGGAUUUGGAGCCCAGGCUUUGGAGAAAAGGACUGCGGGAAAGCUUUGAGGACCAGAGGAAGAAGGUGUUGCAUUUUGCUCAAAUGUGGAAACCAUACGAUUUCACCAAAAACAAAGAAUGAAGAUAUAGAGAAUAUUUCGACACAUGCAGUAGCUGCCAACAGACCAUUAAGAUCCAUAAAAUUUGAUUUAUUUAUUCAUAAUGCCUUAAAUUUCCUGUUCAAUGUGUACAUUUUUAAAAAAUGCUUUUAAUAAUAAUCUGUUUUAAUCAUGCUCUUUGGGACAUGCUGUCCAAGGGACACUGUUUCCACUUAAAAAGAAAUUGAUUUAUUGACAUUUAAACAUAAACGAGAGAAAAUAUUUCUCAAACUGGCUAAAAGGCGUUAAAGAUUACUUAGGCAAAUACCUUUCUCAACUGUCUUGGGAAGAAGGGAUGCCAGUUCUCUCAGGAAGAGAGAAAGUGACUAGGAAAAGAAAGAAUUGAGUUUGGCAGGAGGUUUGAGACAUAUCUUUUUAUAGCAAAUAUAUGAUUUACUCCCCUGCUGAAGUGGACCAGCGAGUAACAUGAGAGUUCUUCGGAGAGGCUACAAAGUAAAGAUUUGGAAAGGGUAAAGCAUGAAUGGUGUCCUAUGUAAAGUAAGGGAGUUUCUGCAUAAUAACUGGAUUAAUAUUUCAAAUGGCAGGGUGGAGUGGGGGAAUCCCAAGGAAGGUACAUAGAUGGUUCACAAUCCUGUGUGUGAUAGGAUUUCAGACACUGGAAAUUGAAAACACACAUGCAAAUAGACUGCUUUAAAUGGGAUGAGGAAAACCUUAGGAGAAAAUGGAACUAUUUAAGCAAACAUCAAAGUAUAAGAUACUUUUGUCACAUAGACACUCAUUAUUCCUGUUCUCUUGAUGGAACUGCCUCCACAGAUUGUGUCAAAAUAUGGAUUUGUUUAUGGUUUUACCUAUAACAGGUUCCCUUUCCUGUGCAGUAGAAGGGCCUGAUCAAAUCUGAGGGGUUGAAGGAAAGUUCACAAGAAUUUAAGCUGGGAUGGGGAAAUUUCUUGGAGAAGUCACACCACUACCUGAAGCUGAAUUACUCUUGUGAGCCAGAGCACAUUGGUAAUUCCACUACAGCUGUCAUUCGUGUACAUUGCACAAAAACUACUACUUCAAGCUUCUUGGGGUUCACAGAAUUGGAACAGCUACUUUGAAAAUGCCCAGUCCCUAAACUAGCCAUCUGUGUAAUGAUUUUUUAAAUUUUUAUUUCAUGCAGAAUGAUACAUGGAGCCAAGUACCAGGGUUUAAAUAGUUGACAUUAGGGUUAGCCAACAUGGUGCCCUCUAGAUGUUGCUGACUACAACAUAAAUCAUACCUGACCAUUAACCAUGCUGGCUGAGACUAAUGGAAGCUUGAGUCCACCUGGAGGGCACCAUGUCGGCUACCCCUGGAUUAUACGGAAGCACCUAUUGUCUUGGAGCCCAAGCCUGCAGGUGACCCAGCAGACAACAUAGCUGUUGGUUUCAGGGAUCUGACCCUAUGAAGAGUAGACCUCUCCUAUCUUAAGUGAAGAUAAGCAGUGUCUGAGGGUUUACUAGACAUCCUUUUUUUCAGUCUAUCUGGUAAGAGUGGGAGCCUUCAAGAUGAAUCUCCCACAAGUCAAAAACAUGUCUAGAGGAUAAAGAUGAGGAAGAACUUGGAAACCAUGUCCUAUGAGGAAUGUUGAAAGCAUUGGAUAUGUUUAGCCCAGAGAAGAAGCAAUUAAGAGGUGAUACGAUAGACAUCUUCACAGAUUUGAAGUGCUGUCACGUAAAUGAUGUGAUAAUAGAAACUUGUUUUCUGUUGUCCCAAAGGGUAGGAUCAGACCCUAUGGGGUCAAAUUACAAGAAAGGCUAUUUCAACAUUUGGAGGAACUUCCUGAUGGUGCAAACUGUUUGAGAGUAGAACAGACUGCCUUGGAAGAUUAUGGGUUUCCAUCAAUAGAGGUUUUUAAGGAGAUGCUGGAUGGCCACCAUCAGAGAUGGUGCAGCAAUGGAUUUCUUGCAUCAGAAGAGUUGGAUGAGAUUACCUUUGAGGUUCCUUCCUGUUCUAAGCCUAAAUUCUCAGUUGACCAUAUGCACCAUGGGAUAAUGUCAAGAUCUUUGUCCUUGUCAUAGAUAAACUGUUUUUGUAAAUAAAGCUUUUUCACCAAAUACUAAAAGUAAGCUUUCUUUGGUGUCUGAAUGUUCCCUCCUUGGCUGUGUCUGCAUU